UUAUGAAUCAUUACCUCACAAUUCCAAUAUAUUUUCUUCGUCAUCUCCUUCCGUUUUUCCUUCUUUCUAUUUUCUCUCUCCUAGGGUUUGUCAAUUUCAUCGUCAACGACAAUGAUGCAACCAGGACAACAACAACAAGGUGCUGGGGUUGCUCCACCUCCCAUGGAUCAACAACACUAUCAACAACAACCUUGGACGACGCAACAACAGGUUUGGUCUCAACCACAGUAUCAAAAUCAACCACAAGUUCCUGCGACGAACGCUGAUGAAGUUCGUACACUUUGGAUCGGAGAUUUGCAGUAUUGGAUGGAUGAGAAUUAUAUACAUACUUGUUUUGCUCCUACUGGCGAGCUUCUCAAUGUUAAAAUCAUCCGUAAUAAGCAGACCGGCCAGUCUGAGGGCUAUGGAUUUAUAGAGUUCUCUUCUCGUGCAUCUGCUGAAAGAAUUUUGCAAACGUACAAUAAUACAUUGAUGCCAAAUGUUGAGCAAAAUUACAGAUUAAAUUGGGCGGCCUAUGGUUCUGGUGAGAAAAGGGGAGAGGAUGUUUCUGAUUAUACUAUUUUUGUCGGAGAUUUAGCUUCAGAUGUUACUGAUUACACCUUACAAGAGACUUUUAAAGUUCACUAUCCGUCUGUGAAAGGUGCCAAAGUUGUGAUAGAUAAGCUUACUGGUAGGACAAAGGGUUAUGGAUUUGUUCGUUUUGGAGAUGAAAGUGAACAACAACGUGCCAUGUCAGAGAUGAAUGGUAUGAUGUGCUCAGGCCGUGCAAUGCGUAUUGGAGCAGCUGCUAACAAGAAAAGUGUUGAUGGAACAGCUUCAUACCAGAAUACUCAGGGAAUUCAGAAUGACAGUGAUCCCAAUAAUACCACUAUUUUUGUUGGAAAUUUAGAUUCCAAUGUGACAAAUGAACAUUUGAGACAAACAUUCAGUUCGUAUGGAGAAUUGGUUCAUGUAAAAAUACCAGUGGGCAAACAAUGCGGGUUUGUUCAAUUCACUACCAGGAGUUGUGCUGAGGAGGCCUUGAAGGCAUUGAAUGGGGUACAAAUAGGUGGGCGAAAUGUUAGACUUUCUUGGGGUCUUAGUCCUAACAACAGACAAUCACAACCUGAUCAGAACCAGUGGAAUAAUGCUGCUGCUUAUUAUGGAUAUCCUCAAGGAUAUGAUUCCUAUGGAUAUGUAUCUGCUCCUCAGGACCCCAAUAUGUACUAUGGUGGUUAUCCUGGAUAUGGCGGGUACGGAAUGCCUCAGCAGGCUCAGAUGCCAGUGCAACAACAGUAACUGAUGCAUCCUCCAACCCGGGUUUGAGAAAUUGCUCGCCAAGAGAACGGCAUCACUAUACUUCAAGGUUUUAACCAUCUGGAGUUACGAUUGGACCAGGGAUGGCUAAAUGUAAUAUACUAGGUUAUUUUCCUUGUUGAGAUUCAUUUGCUUUCUUUGAUUUUGCUUUGAGCUGCGUGUAUGUAGCUUGACUUUUGGAACGGUUUUGUUAAGUUAAUUUCAAACACAUCGAAUCUAUAACUGUCACGAGUUUUGAUCA